AUUUUUAAAAGUGUCUUAAACUCAGACGUUGAUGCCGAUGCUAAUGCCAAUGAAUGGUGUCUGAGUGUUAAAAGGACAAUAACAAAGCAUCCUUUUACUUUCAUUUCAUGGCAGCAACCACCACCACUACUACUACCAUUACGACAUCUCAACUCAAGGGCCACACACAGCCCGUCAAACCCAAACGCCGUAAGUGCAAGGAAACCACAAUUUCUUCACCCGCCUCCGCCGCUGAGUUUAGUUCUUCUGGGCAUUCCAGUAGGAAGCUUGACCCGCCUACCGUUGUGUCGCCUGAUAAUUCCUGGUGUUGCUCUGCUUCCAGACCCAUUACGAACCCCACCCCACCACCUCCUUCUCCUCCAGUGCAAUCCCGCCGUGCGCCUGUAAACCCUAACCAGGAGACGGUUCCCACGGAUUCCUCUUUGUCGUUCAGUGUCCGGUUUUCUUCGGGAAAUCAUUCUCCAGUGAUGGAUUUCACCGGAACGACAACAUUGACAAAUGGGCAUUCUCCUUCGAGAUUCACUAAGUUCAACUCUGCACUUACUGCGGGCCUAUUAAACCCGAUGUCGCCACCGCCGCCACCUGAAAAAACGCGAUCGAGUCCGACCCUUUUGGAGAUGAUGGCUAGCGAACCAGAUGUUCAUCCCAGAACCCCAAACCAGGUGCAGCUACCGAUCUCAGCUCCGCGACCACAGCAGCAUCCACCACAACUGAUCGAUAAGCAGGCAUUGACCAUGCAGAGGAUCUCUUAUCUCUUGUCCACCCGGAGCCCCGGAAACCAAUUUAAUGACUCGGGUUCAAGUGAUAUCAAGCUGACACUGAGUUCUAAGGACGGGAUUAGCGUGCCCCUCAGCGUGCACCGGCAGAUUCUUGUCGCUCACAGUAGGUUCUUUGCAGUGAGGUUAUCCGAUGGGUCGGCGAAGGAGCAGAGGCCUGGCCCAGGGCCGCCGUACGUGGUGGAGAUAGCUGAUUGUGAUGAUGUAGAAGUAUAUAUAGAGACCUUGAGGCUAAUGUACUCCAAGGAUCUGAGGAAGAAGUUAAUGAGAGAGGAUGUAUCCAGGGUUCUUGGAAUUUUGAAGGUUUCAGCAGCAAUUGGAUUUGAUGCUGGUGUUUUAUCUUGUUUGGAGUACUUAGAAGCUGCUCCUUGGGCUGAGGAUGAAGAGGAGAAAGUGGCUUCAUUGUUGGCAGAGCUCCGCCUUGAAAAUGUUGGAGCAGGAGAAGUUUUGAAGAGGGUUUCUAUUGAAGUUCCUAAUGGAACUGAAGAUGGUAAUGAUAAUGAGGAAGUUCUUCUCAAGCUUUUGCAUGUGGUCCUUGAAGGCAAAGAUGAGAAGGCAAGGCGUGAGAUGAAAGGAUUGGUCUCAAAGAUGCUUCACGAGAGCUCAUCUCAGAAUGAUCUUCGAAAAGAAUCUUUGUAUUCAGCUUGUGAAGGGUGUUUGCAACUACUUCGACACAAUUUUCUCCGAGCAGCAGCUUCUGAUUUGCAGGACGUGGGUCAGAUUGCCACACAAGCAGAUAAUUUGCACUGGAUCUUGGAUAUUUUGAUUGAUCGACAGAUUGCAGAGGAUUUUCUGAAAACAUGGGCAUCUCAAUUAGAAUUAUCUGAUGCACAUUCCAAGGUUCCAGCUGUUCAUAGAUAUGAGGUUAGCAGGGUUACUGCUAGGCUAUUCGUUGGAAUAGGAAAGGGGCAACUAUUGGCAUCAAAAGAUGUGAGGUUCUUGCUUUUACAGACAUGGUUGGUCCCUUUUUAUGAUGAUUUUAGGUGGAUGAGGAGGGCAUCUAAGGGUCUUGAUCGACAUUUAAUUGAGGAUGGUCUUAGUAACACAAUUCUCACUUUGCCUUUGGCUUGGCAACAGGAAAUUUUGCUUGCUUGGUUUGAUCGUUUCUUGAAAUCUGGUGAAGAUUGUCCCAAUAUACGAAGAGGAUUUGAAGUUUGGUGGAGGAGAGCAUUCUGGCGACGCAGUGGUGAACAUGAUGGGCCAAGGCAAUUGCGAAUUACAACUGCAAUCACUGAGAACUCAUAACGUUACCGAUUCCACUCUGCAGAAGAUAGUUUUAAUUGGUUUGUUGCCUGUUGUCUUUCUGCCCAAACUUUGGUCCUAAUUAUGCUUUGAUGGAUUGAUUUUCAAUCCUCUUCCACUCUAAACCGUACAGGCAUUUGUUUUAGUUCAAAAUUCAAGUAGGUGGAUGGCAAGUUGGCUUGAUUCAUUGUAACCAGGUUUAGUAUGGAAGAAGAUAACCUUAUUAGGACACCUAAAUCGAGUUUAAAAAUGUCCAAGAUCAACUAGAGUUUGAUGGCUUUCAAAUUCGACGCCUAAAUGAAUAAGCUGAUUAUAGAGCAGAGCAGAACUUCCCUAGGGCCGGUUGCUGAUUCUAGGGUUAUGUAGUAUGUACCUCACAGGUUAACUUGUGCAAACAACAUAUGUAUAACUUGUCCGGUGUACUAUGAACCAGAUUCUUACUUGAUACUUGGGAAUGGGUUAUUCUGUGAAUUCUUUAAAUGAAAAUAUAUGUUCUUA